UUGCAGGUUAGUGACAGGCAUUAUCAAUUGAUAUUAUCACCGGAUAUCAAUCAGCCGCGGCCGCGCUACCAAUGGUUCUAUUUUGAAUUAUCCAAUAAUGAGGCGGAUGUCAAUUACACUUUCGAAAUUAUCAAUUAUAGCAAGGGGACGUCAAUGUUCAGCCACGGUAUGCAGCCGGUGAUGUUCUCAGUUACCGAAGCAGUUCGUGGGAAACCCGCUUGGAAGCGUGCAGGUUCUUCGAUCUCAUACUGUCGUAAUACUUUCUGCCGAAAUGAUUUCAAAGAUCACACUGAUACAAGGCAUGCGUUAUUUUUCGUUUCGGUUUACGGUUCAGUUCGCGCACCGUGCCGAUGUGUGUUAUAUAGCAUAUCAUUUUCCUUACACGCCACGUUGGAAAGGCAUUUAACAACAAGAAAAAGGCGGCUGUUUGUUCGUUGUGAUAAACUGUGUACAACGUUAGCUGGUAAUGAAGUACCGCUUCUUACAAUAACAGCCAGUGGCACCAGAGAACAAAUCGAGGCACGUCAGAUUGCUGUCCUUUGUGCCCGAGUGCAUCCUGGAGAAAGCAACUCGAGCUGGGUCAUGCACGGUGUCAUUGAUGUGCUGAUGAGCGAAGAGGAUAAAGCUGUCCAUCUCCGUAAUCAAUAUGUGUUCAAAAUUAUACCGAUGUUAAAUAUCGAUGGAGUAGUGAACGGGUCGCAUCGAUGCAGCCUUGCUGGCGUGGAUUUGAAUCGUACCUGGGAUCGUCCGUCCCCAGAAUUGCAUCCUCCUAUUUUUCAUACUAAAGCUAUUGUACAGUAUAUGGUGGACGUGCUUGGCAAGAAGCCUUUUGUAUUCAUCGAUUUGCACGGUCACUCCCAGCACUUUAAUGAAUGUGAUUAUUUUUCGUUGUCCAAUUGUCGAUUUAGCAUCACUAGAGAGAAAGAGUCAUCAGGUCGUGUGACGCUAUGGCGACAGUUUGGUGUCACUCGUUCAUACACCAUAGAGUCAACCUAUGCUGGCUUUAACACUGGUCCUCGAAAAGGUUUUCAGGUAAAUAUUGAAGAUUUAUUGGAAAUAGGCAAUCAGUUAUGCAAAGCAUUGAAGCAACUUAUGUACAUUGGUGCGAACUGGUCUUUAGUCUAA